AUGUCAAAACAUACUCCCAUCCUAGAAAGACAAUUUGUUAAUGAAGCACUUGAACGAGAGGCACUAACGCAUAAAUCAUACGCAUAUGAAAAUCCAAUGAGCGGGAAUCAUAAUGAAAAGUUGGAGUUUUUGGGAGAUUCAAUUAUAUCAUUUGUGGUGGCGGAUUAUCUAUAUGAUAGAUGCAAAGAUUAUAAGGAAGGAGAACUUACGAUGCUGAGAGCAAAGUUAGUUUGUAAACAAACUUUGGCAGAAUUUGCGGUAAAGCUUAAAUUAGAUGUCAAGUUAAGGUUAGGCGUCGGAGCUUUGAGUUCUAACGCAAGGAACAAUGAAAAGGUUUUAGAAGACGCUUUUGAAGCUUACGUCGGAGCCAUAUUUUUAGAUACAAGAAGAAAUUAUAACGAAGUAAUGGAAUUUAUGAAACCUUUAAUAGAACCAAAAGUUGAGCAACUUCUAAAGGAAGGUCUUUCUUCAAAUACAAACCCACAGAAACAAAAUAUUUCUAGUCCUAUAAUCGGUCCUCGAGAUUUGUCUUUUCCAAAUUUACCCCAUGAAGAUCCUAUUAACACCCUUCAAACCUGGUCACAGAGAAGAGCAUAUGGUUUACCUCUAUAUAAAGAAGUUGAAGUGAAAGGUCAAGAUCAUAAUCCACAGUUUACUUUUGAAGUGGUCAUCAACAAUAAAGCAUACGCCCAGGGGACGGCGAGAAAUAAAAAGGACGCUAAAAAACAGGCCGCCAUCAAGGCCCUCAAUACUAUAAGGGGUGAUGGUAAAUCUGAUGCUAAACCACCUGAUCCUCCUGACGUUAAACCUAACGUUAAACUAUCUAAUGUUAAACCUGAAUUGAGUAGAAUGACAAAUAGUUUUCGUAGUAUGAACAUAGUCUAA